AUGCCGAAAGCAAUACAACUGACUGAAGACGAGAAAAGACGUAUUCUAGACUUACACAAGCAAAACUAUUCACAUCGAGAAAUCGCAAAGAAAAUCAAUCGAUCCAAAACCGUGGUAAUAAAUUUUUCGAAAGAUCCACUCAAAUAUGGAUCAAGAAAACGAACUGGUCGUAGAAGAAAAGUCGACGAACACACCAAACGGCAUAUUUUAAGAGCUGCUAGUAAAAAGUCAAUAUCUUGUACCGAUAUUAUUCACGAUUUAAAUUCGAAACUGUCAAGAUCGGCGGAUGGAUUCAAAGGAGUAUCGAGAGGUGCUAAAGAAUCAUCUAGUAGACAUUGGUGCCAGAUUGAUUUGACACAAGGCAUUUGGCAUGGUCACGCGUCUAAAACAUCUGCUGAAAAGUAUUCCAUAUGCAAUAUAUAUGGAAGAUCGAAAUCUGUGAUUGAAGAACGUAUCAGAGUAAUCGAAAAACAUUUACAACAAGCACAAGAUGCUAUUACACAGUUUGAACAAAAUCAUGAUUGUUUAAGCGUAUUGAAAGAAUUAAACACAAGUAUUUAUCAAUUAGUUCAAGAAAAACAACAAGUUGUAAAGGAUAAAUUCGAAUAUCAAAGAAAAAUGCUACUUUUGGAUGCAACUGACUAUCAAUUACUUCAAAAUUUCAUUGAUAUUGAACCAAACAGGAGACAUAUCACAUGGACAAGACAUAUAUGGAAAGCAACAAAGGAUCAGCUGAUAAUAGAAGAAGAUAUUGCUUUGUUACAAAAUCGUCUUCUAUCUACAACAUUAAUACCAACAUCUGAUUUGCUUCAUAAAAUCAUAAAUAAUAUUAAUACAAAUAUUCAAAAACUCAAUAAUCCAUCACCCGACUCAACAACAACUUAUACUUCAUCAAACAGCAUUAAAACACUGAUAACUUUGAAGAAAGAUAUUAUUCAAGAAGCUAUCUUUAUUCAUCAGAAAGAACAUGAACAAAUCCAAACAAUUAUACAAAAAGAACAGAACAAGUUUUUCGUUCAAAAUAGAUAUAUGGAAACAACAUCUGAAUACCAGAAACGUGUGAAUGCAGCUAUCGAAAAUGGUCGACAACAUAUGAUUGAAUAUGCAAAUUAUAUACAACAAUUCCAUCCUCAACAAUUACUCAUCAUAACAUCUCGACCGUCAACCACAAACAAAUUUCUUCCCAUCUUACCCUUCAAAAAGCCUAUACAUUUUAAUCCAUUUGAAAACGAACUGGAACAGUUAAUCGGUGGUCAUGAUAUACUAGCAUUGAAUUUAUCAUGGUUACGCUCACAAAUUGGUCGGGUUAAUCAAGAAACAACACUUGUUUUAGGUCUUUCAAUUGCAGAAAACAUGUCAUAUGGUUGUUUACCAGGUACAUUUCAACAAACAGAUAUUAUUGAUGCAGCUAGACGAGCUCAUUGUCAUAAUUUUAUUGAAUUAUUACCACAGUUAGUCGAAGAAUCAUUCAGUGCUGCAAGACAAGAUGAUUAA